AUGUUCGGUGGAAUGAAUGCGAUAAAAUGUAUGACGUCAUGCAGAACAAAGAUCGUUGUGUGUCACGCGCGCAGAAAUGUUUGCAUCGGACUUGUUUCGUGAGUGAAUACAGAGUGUCGUCUAUGGGAAAUAAAAACAGGAAAGUACAUUUAGAAUAUCCUGGCUUCAUUAAAGUCGUUAUUGUAACAUUUUGAGCGAGCACAAGCGGACUAAAGCCGGCACAGUUUCUACCUGGUCCUUGUUCGCACGAUAGACGAUCUUUGGUCAACAAAGAUGGCGUCGAGCAAUGGCCUCGCCUCUCUGGGUCCUGACGGAGCUAAGGCCGCCGCGCAUGCGCUGUCUCUCCCCGCCGAUGAGUACGAGAAUGACGAGCGCCUGGAGGUGAUGUGGGCCAUGAAGGCCUACAACCACGCCGAGGUCUACUUCAACCUCAUUUCUUCGGUCGACCCGAAGUUCCUGAAGCUGACAAAGAUGGACGACGAGAUCUACGCGUGCUUCAAGGAAACGUUCAAACACCUGGACCUGAAGCUGCUGAACCCCGAUGACCUCAAGUCCGCCGAGGCCAAAGAGAAGUGGCGCCCUUUCUGCAACCAAUACGAAGGCCAGGUGGAGGACUUCAACUACGGGACUCUGCUGCGCUUGGACUGUGAGAAGGGCUACACGGACGAGAACACCAUCUUCACCACCAGAAUCCAGUUUUUUGCCGUGGAGAUCGCCAGAAACCGAGAAGGCUUCAACGACGCCGUGUUCUCGUCGAGGUCGUCCAAGAGUUAGCCGGGAAGGAACUCGGACCACCGGUCCUGUCUUUUGUAUGGAUCUGUAUUGGGACUGUCAUCUUGCACGUGUGCAGACCAAGGACAAAAUAAGAAUAAAUCUCACGCACAAAACAGUCUGCAAGUCUUAUGCUGUCAGCAC